GAUUUUCUGAUGGACUCCUUCGAUCUCUUUCCCCUUGCCUGUGUAGUUAAUAACAAGUUUCUAGCUAUCCAUGGAGGUAUCUCUCCAGAUCUAAAAACGGUAACAAGGUUCUGUAUUUUCGAUUCUAGCUUGAGGAUAUCAAAAAAAUUGAUAGAUACCAUGAACCACCAAGAAGUGGACUCUUUUGUGAUAUUUUAUGGAGCGAUCCAGUUGAUAAUGAUCAAGGAUCAUUGGAAAAUGGAUGGAGAGGAAAUGAAGUAAGAGGUUGCUCAUGGUUUUUUGGAGUCGAUGCAGUCCAUAGAUUUUUACAAAGAAAUAAUCUUAUUUCUGUAAUCAGAGCUCAUGAAGCCCAAUUAGAAGGGUAUAAAAUGCACAGAUGGAAAGGGAGUUCAGAUUUUCCAGUCGUAAUUACUAUAUUUUCAGCUCCUAAUUAUUGCGAUAUAUAUAAGAAUAAAGGAGCAGUGAUCAAAUUUGAAAACAACACUUUAAAUAUUUAAUAAUUUAAAGAUACGCCACAUCCAUACUUGUUACCUAAUUUCAUGGAUGUCUUUUCUUGGUCAAUACCUUUUGUUACAGAAAAAGGUAAACUCAUAAUACUUCAAUUUUUAGUAACUGAAAUGCUAUACAUGCUACUAAAACAUGAAGAUUAAGAUCAAGAGAGUGAAGAUGAAAAAAUUAACCAGCAGGAUAUCGAAAAAUUUAAACAAAUCACUUAAUCUGAAAAAACAAAAGUUUUUGAAAAAAAUAAAUCCCUUCAAAAAUAACUCUCUAAAAGUGGAAAAGAAAAACUUAGAUCUAGGCUAAAGUUUGUAGCUACCAUGAUGAAAAUGCAAAAAACUCUAAGGUCUUCAAAUAUAUUUGUAUUUUCAGAGAAGAAAACGAAAGUAUCGUUUUACUUAAAGGUGCCUGUCCAGACAAAAGAUUGCCGAAAGGAUUGCUGCUCCAAGGCAAAGAAGCAAUUACUGAUGGUAUAUCAUCAUUUUAUUUCAGCUUUAUAAGAAUUUAAUUAUAUGAAAUUAGCAGAUAGCAUUAACGAAAAGAUGCCUAACAUUUAAAUUCCAUAACAGUCCAUUUAAAUAAAAAAACCAGGGCAAUCUUCAAAAAAAAAAUGA